AUGCUGCCACCGACUCCUCAGCCUAUCCCCGACCCAUAUGCAUCUCAACAGCAUCUAAACCAGACUGGAGGCGCUGUUAAUCAAUAUUCUAAGGCUGUAUACACUCAUCCUCAGCACCAGCUUAAUACAUCGUACCAUCACCAGCAGCAUCAACAGCACCAACAGCACCAACAACACCAACAGCACCAACAGCACCAACAUCAACACCAGCCAGCACAAUCAACCCAUCAACAUGCACCAUCCCAUGUAGCACCGUCCCAGCCAUUGUCGAAUCAGUCACAACAGUUCCGACCUCAGGCGCCAUUUGCACCUGUACAACCGGUUCCCAAGCCAAGGAUCGAUCCCGAUCAGAUCCCUUCUCCAGUAGCAGUUCAAGAAGCUGAUCAAGCUGAAUGGGAUCAAAAGCCGUUUGUUACUUCCGUGAGGACAAACGCUACACCGCUGGCCAGUAGUGACUUUAUGGCAAUCGAUGGAGGAAACUGCAACCCUCGAUUCUUCAGGAUGACAACGUAUAACAUCCCCAAUACUGAUGACUUGCUCAGCAUUUCACAAUUGCCUAUGGGCCUUGUGAUUCAGCCAUUAGCACAGCUCCGUGCAGAUGAAGCACAAAUCGAGACGGUUGAUUUCGGUGAUGGUGGACCAGCACGUUGUCGACGAUGCAAUGCAUAUAUUAAUCCGUUCAUGAUUUUUACAAAUGGCGGUCAAAAAUUUGUGUGCAACAUGUGUUUGUUCGAGAACGAUGUGGAGCCGAGUUAUUUCUGUAACCUGGAUAUGAAUGGUAGGAGAUGUGAUCUGGACCAACGACCGGAAUUAAGGAAUGGCACGAUUGAAUUUGCAGUGCCAAAGGAGUAUUGGAACAAGCCUCCUCAGGCGGCCGCAUAUGUCUUUGCGAUCGAUGUUUCUUGGAAUUCUGUCCAGAGUGGGAUGUUACAGCAGUGCGUUGAAGGGAUCAAACAUGCGAUCUGGGACGCGAAUGGGGUUUCCAAACUGAUGCCUGGUAUGCAAAUCGGAAUCCUGACCUAUGACAAGAAUGUGCAUUUUUACAACCUUUCGCCUUCUUUGGAGCAAGCGCAGAUGAUGGUCGUUCCAGAUGUAUCGGACGUGUUUGUGCCUCUCGGCGAUGGGUUCCUUGUUAGCCCUGAGAGCUCACAAACAAUUGUAGAGUCAUUGUUGGAUACGCUACCUCAGCUUUUUGCAGAGAAUAAAACAACAGAGUCUGUUAUCGGUGCAGUUGUCCAAGGGGUGCGGAUGGCGCUCGAGAACCGUGGAGGCAAGUUGAUCUUGUUCCAAACGUCUCUUCCAACGUUCGGACCAGGAGUUCUACGUCAUCGAGAAGAUUCAAAGCUCUAUGGAACGGACAAAGAGAGGACAUUGUAUGCACCACAGGAUGAUUUUUACAGGAGAUUGGCGGAAAGUUGUGUGGAAACAGGCAUGUCCAUUGACUUGUUCUUAUUCCCGAAUGCUUAUGUGGAUGUAGCCACUUUGGGAAGCCUAUCCAGUAUUACAGGAGGAGAAACACAAAUGUUUGUGAAUUUUAAUGGGAUGAGGGAUGGGAUCAAACUGCAAGGAGAUAUUGCUCGGUUAGUGACAAGGCCAUUUGGGUUCAAUGCAUUAAUGCGUGUCCGAUGUUCGACUGGAUUAAGGAUUACAGAGCACUUUGGAAAUUUCCACAUGAAGAACAGCACGGAUCUGGAAUUGGCAGGCAUUGAUUCUGAGAAGGCCAUUGGAGUGUUAGUGAAGCAUGAUGGAAAACUGGAUGAGAAGACAGAGGCUAGUUUCCAGGUGGCAUUAUUAUAUACGACUGCAGACGGUAGACGACGGGUACGAGUACACAACUUUAGUACGCCUGUGACCACGCUUUUGGGCAAUGUUUUCCGAUGGGCAGAUAUGGACACGACCAUCAACUUUUUGAGUAAAGGAGCCAUCACUCAAGCACUGAACAAAACGUUAAGUGAAGUUCGUGAAGCGUUGACAGAAAAAUGCGUCAAGAUUUUGUCCGCGUAUCGCCGCAACUGUGCCUCAUCCACAGCACCCGGGCAGCUCAUUCUUCCAGAGGCGUUCAAGUUGUACCCGUUAUAUACCCUUGCUAUGUUAAAGUCCAAGAUCUUGAGGGCAGGACGGGAUCUCAACAGCGACAUGCGUGUGUAUCAAAUGCGGAUGGUCAAGAGCAUGGGUGUCAGCGAAAGCAUUGUUUAUUUCUACCCACGCAUGGUUGCAGUGCAUGCCAUGGACGAAAAGGUUGGUGUAUUAAAUCCUACAAAUGGCCGCGUGUUUUUACCGCCGUUAGUGCGACUGUCCUAUGCGAGAUUUCAAACGCAAGGUGCCUAUUUACUUGAGAAUGGCCAAAAGAUGUAUUUGUGGCUCGGUCGUGAAAUCUCAAGCCAAUUCUUGAACGAUGCCUUUGGAGUCCAGACAUUAGAAGAGCUUAGCAUUGAGCAGCGCCAUCUCCCAAUAUUGGAUACAAUGUUGAGUAAUCAGUUACGGACGCUUCAGAUGUAUAUGCAGGGACAGAGGGCCAAAUAUCUGGAUCUAACCAUUGUACGACAAGGGAUGGACCAGGUCGAGUUAGAGCUGUCGAAUCUGUUGGUUGAAGACAAGAACAACGAUGCAAUGUCCUAUGUUGAUUACUUGCCUACGAUUCACCGUAUGAUACAGACGGAAGUGACCACUCGACCACAUGAAGUGCACACAAGCAUAUGGUCUCGCUAA